CUUCUGAAAUACACCGCUGCGGAAUGCCAUUUUAUGGGUAUUAAUGCCAUCAAAUAUUCAACACUAUCUCCAUGGGCAACUCGUCACCCGUCACGCAGAUGUACUCAUCAUGUAAAUAUUAUGAUGAAUAAAUUUCAAUCUCCUAUCUAUUUAUACUUUGACAAGAGCUAGCUCGGUGUUUAGUGAGUGAGAGAUGCACGUUAGGUUGGUGUCGGUGAGAUUUUGCCCGGUCUGAGAGGCAGAUGCGUAAGCAUUUCGAAACCAACUAAUCGCGAACAGACAGCAUCAUCUUUGGGAAUGUAUGGCUUUGUGAAUCACGCAUUUCAGAAGCUUAUCGAGCUUGACUAUGGAGUUGAAGUGUGGGAGGAAAUUUGUGCCCAAGCAAAUAUUGGCGGCGAUGAUAUAUAUUCUUUCGACGAGAGACGAAUAUAUAACGACCAAGAUCUGUCAGAUCUAGUCAGCAUCGCAUGUGAAGUGUUGGGUAUGAAACGAAAUGAGCUCAUGGAACAAUUCGGUCAGAAGUUCUUCGAGCACUGCAACUCGUCUGGAUGGAAGAAAAUCUUACCCUGCCUUGGUGGCAAUUUGAAAGACUUCUUUUCAGGACUUGACAACUUACACGAGCAGCUACUUGUCCGUUAUCCGGGCAUGCAGGCUCCUUCAUUUCGCGUGGAAACCAAGCAAGGCAGCGAUGUCGUCACAGUGUUUUACUACUCCAUCCGAGAUGGGCUGCAGUAUAUGGUGAUAGGCAUGAUAAAAGCGGCCGCGAAGCAGCUGUACAAAAGUGAAGUGGACGUCGCCAUUGAUUCUUUCAGUGAAGAUGAGGGGUGCACUACAUUUUUGGUGCGGCCAAAAGAUUUCACGGGAGCCAUUAAACUGCUUCCGCGACGUCGACAGUCGAGAAUGGUAAGGGAGGAUUGCCAGGUAGCCGCGUAUAAGUCGACGAUAGGCAUCGCGACGUUUUGUAAGGCGAUACCAUUUCACGUCAUGUUUGACCGCAAUAUGGUGAUCUUUCAAGCCGGGAUAUCCAUGCGGAGGGUACUACCGACCCUGGUCGUUGGUAAGACUGUCCUACGCGAAGUAUUCGAGAUCGUACGUCCACCCGUACGCGAUGAAUUUGAAGCAAUUUUAUCGCGAACCAAUUCCGUAUUUUUGCUGAAGACCAUAGAAGGCAUCUUAGAUUCUACUACACUGUCAACCGUCACAGAAGAUGACAAGCAGCGUAUCGAGUCACCUACGAUGAGAUUUAAAGGUCAAAUGUUGUACCUGGAGGAAAGUGAUUGCAUCUGCUAUCUCUGUACACCAAUGGUGCUGAAUUUGGAUGGUCUUAAUGAGAAAGGGCUUUACCUAAGCGAUAUCCCAAUCCACGAUGCAACGCGUGAUCUGAUUCUGCUAUCUGAACACCGCAAUGCCGAAUGCGCUCUAACACAACGCCUCCAAAUUGUCACGGACAAACUUCAACAAACGGCAAGGGAGCUAAAGAAGGAGCAGCAACUGGCUGACAAACUUCUUUAUAGCAUCCUCCCUCCAUCCGUAGCCAACGAACUGAGGCUGAAGCGUCCUGUUAAAGCGAAGAAAUUUGAAGUUGUAACCGUGCUUUUCAGCGGAAUUGUGAAUUUCUCGCAAUACUGCAGUGAUAUCACGGAACCCAUGGAGAUAGUCAGUUUGCUCAAUAACGUUUAUCUUACCUUCGAUAAUCUCAUGGAUACGUUCGAAGACGUCUAUAAGGUUGAGACAGUUGGUGACAAAUACAUGGCUGUGUCUGGUUUGCCAACGAAAUGUAAUACGCAUGCCCACCACAUUGCCAAGAUGGCGUUAGAUAUGAUGGAUGCUGCGAAUAGUAUACUAAUCAGAGGUCAACCCUUUAAGAUAACGAUUGGAAUUCAUUCUGGAGAAGUUGUUGCAGGCGUUGUAGGUCAGAAACUACCUCGUUACUGCCUGUUUGGCAAUACCGUCAAUUUGGCCAGCAGAACCGAAACAACUGGAGAGAAAGGAAUGAUUAAUGUUUCCGAGCCCGCAUACAAAUGCCUUCAAUCGCCCAGAGAUCCAAGUUUAAAGUUUGAGUGCAGAGGUUUUGUCACUAUGAAAGGUAAGAAGGAACCAAUGACGACCUACUUCCUAACUCGAACUUCGUCCAGAGAAAUCAGAGAUGAAGAAAAUAAUACAAAGGUUCGCGUGCUUAUUAAAAACUUGGAUGCGAAACAACGAGCAAGGCCAAGAAAUAGUUAGAUCUUGUGUAUUAUUUAUUCACAACGCGUAUAUUCAUGUCAAAUAGUAUACGCGCUAUUUGUAAACAUAUAUUAUAUAUAGAGAGAGGGAAAGAGAGGAGCGAUAUACUUGUUUUGUGUUAUACGGUUGUAUAGUAUAUCAUCUUAUUUUACUCGGAUUGUGUAUAGGGAGUUUCGGUACAUCUAUUUACAAAGUAAAUACGUAAGAUUUUAACUGUAAUUUUCUAUUAGUAAUAUAAAUAUACAAAUAAAGAGAGUAUUAGAACUAUUUCUAGGAGACCAAGUUGCAAAUACGAAUCGUUUUCAACGUUUUUG